GACAUGACUUUAAUCUACAGUAAAACCAACUCUUGCAGACUUUACUACAGUACUAGGGUGUACCGGCAUAAGGCCUUUAUAAGCUUUCCUAGGGGUGGGGUCAGGAGCCAGCUUUUCAUUGGUCGUAAUUUGGCCCCAGAGAAGUCCAAUGAAAUCUGGAAGUCAGAGUCUUUGUUAGGUAGGCUUGUACCGAAAACGGAAGUUUCGUGUAUGGGCCAAUGGGAAUGCGAAGUAUUUUGAGGCCUAAUUUACAUAAGGUGGUUAUAAAAGGCUCAAGUCAUCCGGGUUCCAGCUUGUUUUCCCGCUUCCUAGGCAACCUUCCUGUGUUUAUUUUCAAUCAUGCCUGAGCCGGCUAAAACUGCCCCGGCUCCCAAGAAGGGCUCCAAGAAGGCUGUCAGCAAGGCGCAAAAGAAGGAUGGCAAGAAGCGCAAGCGCAGCCGCAAGGAGAGCUACUCCAUCUACGUGUACAAGGUGCUGAAGCAGGUGCACCCCGACACGGGCAUCUCGUCCAAGGCCAUGGGCAUCAUGAAUUCCUUUGUUAAUGACAUCUUCGAGCGCAUCGCAGGCGAGGCUUCGCGCCUGGCGCAUUACAACAAGCGCUCGACCAUCACGUCCCGGGAGAUCCAGACGGCCGUGCGUCUGCUGCUGCCCGGGGAACUGGCUAAGCACGCUGUGUCCGAGGGCACCAAGGCCGUCACCAAGUACACCAGCGCCAAGUAGAAGCCCUCCUGGAUGAGGCGCUCGCUGGCCCUUUUGCUCUCUAAAAUCUCUUGCAAGAGCCACCCGCUUAAAUCAGGAAAGAGCUUUGUCCACUUGCACUAGUUUCCAGUUCCUAUCCCAAAGUUACUUUGAGGGUCUUGGAGAAGGUACACUUCAGUUUUAAGCAUUUGUAGUUUUGAGGUUCCCUGAGCUGGUUUGCAGUUGGCUGUAGAGCUCCUAGCACCCGGUUUAGCUUCUUUGAGUUUUAAACUAGGUUAAUGGAGGUCGGCCUCUGGGCGGGUUUCUUCCGUGUUCUCGACUGUGGUGUUCGGGCGCUUUAUUUAUGGACCUAAAGUGAGAUGAUUUGAUUGCUUUGGCGGUUAGAGGGCUCCAGGACACACCCUAAACCUGUGUCCACGAAUGCUGUGUACCAGUCAUCUACGACUGAAGCCGCUCUGUCCAGUUAUGUGUCCUGGGUACGGGCGGUUUCCUGUACUUAGGGCGGUGUCCUCGCUUUAACAGAUUUACCAUCACGAACGUUCCGCGUUGCUGCGGAUUUGGUAGAAGUCUGUUGGGGUUCUCCCUCAGGCUUUAGAAUCCCUGUUCGUGGCUUGUAAUUUUAACCCCCCCCCCCCCAUUUAAUACUUUGCGUUAACCUCUGCGGUGCCAGGUUACCGCAGAGAUUGCUCAUUUUUUUGCUCUGGACCCAUGAAGCGAUCUUUCUAAUUAACCCACGCAAGGAGUUAGCUUUUUCCUGCCUGCCGAGUGUGUCUUCACCAUCUGAAGUUGUUUGCUUUCUUGUUUACGCUGUCUCUGGUGAAGUUGGCCUGAUGUUCUGAUACCUCCAGAGCCCACAAAUGUCUGACACAGCCCAGACGCUCAAGUACUUAUUAUUGAAUUAAUUUUUAUAUCACUACUUUUGUAAUUGCUUCCGUGGCCGGGGGGUGGGGGGGCUUGUCUGUUUGAUGUAUGUGAAGACACAGUGGAACAGAAAUGUUUUGAGGAUUCUUUCUCCAAAUCUGUCCUUGGUUAUAGUUAAUGCGAUGGCUGUUGUUGGUUGUCAACUUGACUACAUCUGGAAAUAACUAGAAAGUGACCGGUGAGGGAUUUUUUUUCUUAAUGAAAUAAUCUGAAGUGAGAAGAAGCACUCUUAAUCUGGAUCUUUUGAGGUGGGAAGAUCCACCUUUAAUCUGGCCGCACCUUCUGCUGGCAGCCUAGAUAAAGGACAUGAAAGAAGGAAGCUUGCUCUGGAUGGCAAGUCUGUUCCUUCACUGGUGUUAGAGCCUACUUCUGGAUUCUGGCAGAUACUGAAGACAGCUGAGGUAUCCCCCGUUGUGGACUCAGCAACUACGGGAUUUAUGGACCUUCUGUUGAGGGUUCUGCAAGAUAGGCCACAGAGUUAACAGUGGAGUUAACAGAAGCGAAGUGUCUGGUCCAGGGCCGUGCGCGACACUAUCCACUUUUGUCUCCCUGGCUGAAGACAGCUGCCUUGGUUCUCUUGUGGAGUGUAGCAUACUGACUUUCUCCUUCAAAGUCUUGAUUUUGCUGGUGAAGGCACCUGAUGGGCUGAUCACUUUCCUGAUGCUGUUUUAGGCUGAGGGUUUCUGGAGUUGCUUACAGGAGCUUUGUGAAUCCAAAAUGAAUUCCAGACAUUGUUAUAGAUGGAGUGAGUCCUCUUUACUGAAUGAACAUUUUUAAGUUAUUAUUAAUCAAGUUACCAAUUAGUCUCAAAUCUUUGCUGGAUUGUUUCAUGUGCGAUUCAUUUUCUCAAAAAAUAAAAUGAGCAGGUAUAACCAU